AUGUGUCACGAUACGAAAUCCGAGCAAAGUACUGAUGAUGACAGCGACAUUUUGCACAAUAACAAUAAUGCUCAGUAUCAACCCCUUCAAACUAUUAAGAAACAGAAAAAAAGUGAAACCCGGAGAAGAAUUUUAGCACAGAGUUUCGUGACAAGUGCAGUAAUGUUGAGCUCGGCAAGCUGCGGCAUGCCAGUCGGAUAUUCCGCCGUUCUACUUCCUCAACUUAAACUUAUUAACGAUUCCAUGCAAAUAGAUGACGAAAUAGGAUCGUGGAUAGCGAGCGUGCACUCUGCUGCGACGCCACUGGGCUCCCUGCUAAGCGGGGUGCUGAUGGACCGUUGCGGUAGAAAAUUAGCCCUACAGAUCGCCUCCAUACCCCUAAUAGUGGGUUGGAUCCUUAUAGGGCUAUCGAGAAACCACGCCGUGCUCCUGCUAGGUCGGCUGAUUGCAGGAAUCUCGGCAGGACUCACCGCCGCUGCAGGCCAAGUACUAAUAGGAGAAAUUUCGGAGCCCCACUUACGAGGAAUGUUCUCCAGUGUCCCCUUCGCAAGCUACUCGUUCGGCAUUCUUCUGAUAUACGCCUUAGGUACCCUCUUACCUUGGAGAUACGUGGCAGGCUUGAGUAUAAUACUGCCACUAGCAUCUAUUUUAGCCUUUUUCUUUCUCCCCGAGAGUCCAGUUUGGUUAGUGAGACAUGACAAAAUCGAAUGUGCCAAAAAGGCAUUAACUUGGCUAAGAGGCGGAAAUAGCUUGCAGGCAAAGAUGGAGACUGAGGCGCUGAUCCAUCGUGUAGAUCUAGACAACCAGCAACACAAAAAAACGUCGCUGCACACGCUGUUCCAACCGGAAGUAAUCAAACCCUUCAUCAUAAUAAACGUGUUCAACGUCAUGCAGAUCCUGUCUGGCACGUACAUCAUAGUAUUCUACGCCGUAGACAUCCUAAGCCACAUCCAAGGGGGCGAAGGCCUAGAUCACUUCCUCGUGGCGGUCCUAACGGCCUGCGUUCGAUUUAUUUUCUCCAUAAUCGCCAGCAUCCUACUGGUCCUGAUCGGCCGUAGAACCCUCGCCAUGCUCUCGGGACUGGGAACUAGCAUAUCAGCCCUUUGUUUAGGAACGAUCCUGCAGCAGAAUUGCCACGGAGAGGGCUACUUGGCCGCCGUAUUCGUGUUAAUAUACGUGGCCACCAACACGGUGGGUUUUAUGAUACUGCCGGGGGUGAUGCUGGGGGAGUUGUUCCCCGCGAAAAUAAGGGGAUUAGCGGGUGGACUCACGUUCAUGCUGUUCAAUCUUGUUUUAUUCGGCUUCGCCAAGAUUUUCCCCUUCGUUAAGGGGGCGGUGGGGGUGUCCGGGGUGUUCUGGAUCUUCGGCGGGGCGUCGGUGAUGGCCAGUGUGUUUCUUUAUUUGACUUUGCCCGAGACAAAGACGAAGACGUUGAGUCAGAUCGAAGAUUAUUUCGCGCAGAGCAGUUUCUUUUGGAUUAGGAGGGACAGGGGUUGGGAGAGGAAGAUGCAACACGAUGAGACUGAGAAGAUGUCGCUGAAGGUUUAA